CCCGGCCGGAGGUUGUGGAGACCCUCGGGUGGCCAGUCCAACCAAAUAGAGUUAUUCCGGUCACGCCGCUCCAAAAGGUUUUCCUUGACCCACGAAGCUCAGUAUUUGUGUCUGCGACACCUCUCUGCUCCCAGCUACCCAGCCCUUUUACAGAACCCAGUCAUGGAGGAGACGGUGUGGGAGCAGUACACUGUGACCCUACAGCGGGACUCCAAGAUGGGCUUUGGAAUGGCUGUGUCUGGAGGGCGGGACAACCCGAACGAAGAAAGUGGAGAAGCGUCAAUUGUCGUAUCCGAUGUGCUGCAAGGGGGUCCUGCAGAUGGCUUGCUAUUUGAAAAUGACAGAGUGAUCCAGGUCAACAAUGUGCCCAUGGACGGUGUCCAACACGCCUUUGCAGUGCAGACUCUCCGCAAAUGCGGCAAAGUAGCCAAAAUCACGGUAAAGAGAUCAAGAAAAAUCCCCGUCAGCGUGAUUAAACGUGCCGCGUCCCCAGACGACCGCGUCUUUAGUGGCGACUACAACAACGACUACGACUAUGACCACGACCGGCGCAGCGUCUACAGCGGCCGCAGCUACCCUGACCGCGACGCGAGUUACGCAGACGAGCGUGAUCGCGACUACGAUCGCAGCCGCGGGAGGAGCAUGGAGCGCGGCCUGAGCCCCGACAGACAGUACAGACGAGACGGCAGCCGCGGCCGAAUGCUGGACCACGAGCGCAGCCCCGACCGCCGUUACCGAAGUGACCACAACCUGGAUCGUGACCACAGUCCGGACCGCCGCUACCGAAGCGAUCGCACACUGGACCGCAAAUACAGUCCAGACCGACGCUAUCGCAGCGAACACAACCUGGACAGAGAGCAGAGUCCGGACAGACAGUACCGCAGCGACCAUACACUGGAGAGAUCACAUAGUCCUGAGACACGGUACAGGCCCGAACCGGCUCCAGGAUACAGCAGAGAGAAUUUAGCCAGCGGCCACGAGCGCAGGAGCUUCGAUCCGCGGCAGGACGAAUCCAUGAGGAGGAGUAGCAGUCGAGACCGGCUGGAUCGCUCGCCCUCGCCGCCGCCACAACGAGACGAACCCUUGGAGAAGCCGCUCAGUGUUACUCUACUAAAGAACCGGCCCAAUGACGAAUAUGGCCUUCGUCUUGGCAGUCAACUGUUCAUCAAAGAGAUGACGAGCACCGGCCUGACAUCCAAACAAGGCAAACUACAGGAAGGUGACAUUAUUCUGAAAAUUAACGGUACGGUCACAGAGAAUCUGUCUCUGAGCGACGCAGGGAAGCUGAUUGAGAAGUCUCGUGGGAAGCUGCAGCUGGUGGUGCAGAGGGAUCGCAGUCAGGCACUCAUCCGAAUCCCACCUAUGGCAGACAGCGACUCGGAAAUAGAUGAUAUCUCAGAGAUCGAGUCGUACCGCUCCUAUUCUCCUCAGGAGGACCGGCGGAGUCAUCACUCAGACCUCUCCUCACACUCCUCUAAUGAGAGACUGCAGGACAAAAACAGAGAUGGGCCUCCCAAGAGACUGGCUAAAAUGGGAGCGAUGCCGACUCCAUUCAGAGCGGCGCCGGUGGAGCUCCCGCCUCCACCUGUGGAGAAAGAAGAGCCUCGCAGCGAGUCUCCAGUUCCUGUGGUAAAUGCUGCUCCAAAAAGUGUUCCAGUAAAAGCCAAGCCUCUGCCAAAGGUUCCCCUGCAGCCCAGUCUGGAGGACCAGGAAAUAUACGGCCCCAACACUGUGAUGGUGCGCUUCCAGAAGGGCGAUAGUGUUGGCCUGCGUCUCGCUGGAGGAAACGAUGUGGGCAUUUUUAUCGCAGGCAUUCAGGAGGACAGUCCUGCCGAGAUAGAGGGACUCCGCACUGGAGACCAGAUCGUGAAGGUGAAUAAUAUGGAUUUCAGAGGAAUGGUCCGGGAAGAUGCAGUCCUGUAUUUACUAGAGAUUCCCAAAGGAGAGGAUGUGACCAUCUUAGCUCAAAGCAAACCUGAUGUGUAUAAAGACAUCCUGGCAUCUGGACGAGGUGAUAACUUCUUCAUCAGAACUCAUUUUGAAUAUGAGAAAGAGCUUCCUCAGAGCUUGACUUUCUCCAGAGGAGAGAUAUUUAAAGUGGUGGACACCCUGUAUGACGGAAAGCUGGGUAACUGGCUCGCCAUCCGCAUGGACAAAGACAAUCAGCUCCUGGAGAAAGGCAUCAUACCCAACAAGAGCAGAGCGGAGCAGAUGGCAAAUGUUCAGAACGCACAGAAAGGCGCUGCCAAUGAUAGAGGAGAUUUCUGGAGGCUGAGAGGUCAAAGAGCAGCUAAGAAAAAAGACCUUCGCAAGAGCAGAGAGGAUCUGAGCGCUACACCCGUCACUACACGCUUCCCAGGCUACGAAAGAGUGGUGCUGCGGGAAGCUGGGUUCAGAAGACCUGUCGUAAUAUUCGGCCCUAUUUCAGAUGCGGCCAAUGAAAAACUGAGCAAUGAUCUUCCAGAUGAGUUUGUCACAGCAAAGACAGAGCCUAAAGACGCGGGCUCAGAGAAGUCGUCUGGUGUUGUGAGACUCAAUACUAUUCGUCAGAUCAUCGAUCAGGACCGACAUGCUCUGCUUGACGUCACCCCAAAGGCUGUAGACACCCUAAACUACACCCAGUGGUAUCCCAUCGUCAUUUUUCUCAACCCAGACAGUAAGCAGGGGGUGAAGACCAUGAGAAACCGUCUGGUUCCCGGCUCCAGCCGCAGCUCACGCAAGCUUUACGAACAAGCAGUUAAACUGCGCAAAACCUGCUCACACCUGUUCACUGCUACCAUUGAUCUGAACUCUUCCCAUGAUGCCUGGUUUGGAAGUCUCAAGGAUGCCAUACGAGAACAACAAGAUAAAGCUGUCUGGGUCUGUGAAAGCAAGCUUGAUGGGUCUGAGGAGGACUUGGAUCUCCAUGAUGACCGUAUGUCGUACCUGUCGGCCAUGGGUGCAGACUACCUGAGCAUGGACAGCCGUCUGACCAGCGAUUACGAGGAUACGGCGGAUGAGGGCGGCGCGUACACCGAUAACGAGCUUGACGAGUCCACCGACGAGCCGCAGCCGAAGUCAGCCAUCAGCCGCUCGUCUGAGCCUGUUAGCGAGGAGAGACCCAUUCCUGUUCCUCAUGAGCGUUUAAAGAAGCCUGCGAGCAAAGAGGUGCAGCGGGACCCCAGCCCGCCUCCAUCAUUUGUCCCUGAACCCCCUAAGGUCCGGGCAGCUUCACGUCCUGCAGACUCUCACUCCAGCAGCACAGUCAGCAGUGAUGCUCCUGUCAGUAGCAGACCUCUUCCACCGCCGGUAGCCCAGAAGCCCAGUUUCACCUCGAGGACGGGCCCCGCAGACGACACGACCUCCGGCGACCCUCUCAAUGACCCCGCCAGCCGCACCUUCCGGGGAAAGGUGAAGUCCUUCGAGCAAAUGGACCACCUGGCCCGGGCCAAAAGGAUGCUGGAGCUGCAGGAGGCGGAACGAGCGCGGCUGGAAAUAUCUCAGAAACAUCCAGAUAUUUAUGCAGUUCCCCACAAGCCAAAACCAAACCAAAACAGGCCUCAACCAAUUGGCUCCAGCUCAAACUCUGAGUCCCACAGCUCCUCUAAAGCGCUGUAUUCAGAGAGCCGCUCUCACCACCGCACCGAUGAUGAUGAUGAAGAUGAUGAAGAGUAUCGCCGGCAGCUGGCCGACCAAACCCGCAGAGGCUACUACAAUCCCCAGAAAUACAGCGACACUGAACUCUAACACCCAGCGUCCCACAGACAUUCACAGCAGAACAAGCCGAGUCUCUUCACCGCGUCCGUCUGUGUCGGGAUGUUUCCUGUGCAUGUCAUUAUAAACCAAAUCAGUGUGUUUCUAGUAGUUGUGUGAGUAAGAGGGACUGUCAUGAACCACAGAUAAAGCACAAACACACAUGCAGUAUAAACAUGCCAUUUAUAAAACAGCAUCUUUUUAUACCUGCAAUGUUUUUAUAUGAA